AUGGGCAAGAUCAAGACAGAGCCGAUCGACGGCCUCGGCAACCACAUCUACCUCGAGAAGCAAGACAAGCUCCGCGAGAUCGGCGUCGACAUUCCCACGUCGCAGAUCGUCGUCGUCGGCAGCCAGUCCUCCGGCAAGAGCUCGCUGCUGGAGAGCAUCACGGGCUUCUCGUUCCCGCGGGGCCAGGGCCUCUGCACGCGCUACGCGACCCAGAUCACCCUCCGCCGCAACCCGGUCGCGAGCACCGUCAUCUCCAUCAUCCCGCACAGCGAUUCCGACCAGGAUCGGAAGGAUGUCUUGCGGGCAUUUCGCAACGAGCUGAGCGACUUCGAUGGCAAGACUCUGGCCCGUGUCAUCAAGAAGGCCAACAAGGUUAUGGGAAUUCGGUCCGGCGCUACCGAGGACGAUACCGCUUUACCCAUGUUCAGUGAUGAUAUUCUGAAGAUUGAGAUUUCAGGCCCAGAGAAACCACAUCUCACUGUCAUUGACGUGCCCGGCUUGUUCCAAGUGACUGAUGAAGGCAUCACCACCGACGCGGACAGGACCAAGGUCGAGAACAUGGUGCGGCGGUACAUGGAGAACGAGCGUACCAUCGUCCUAGCGGUCUUGAGCUGCCUUUCCGACCGCGCCACGGAGGGCGUCUUGCAGUUCGCCAAAACGGCCGACCCUGAGGGCGUGAGAACGGUCGGCGUGCUCACCAAGGCCGACCUGGUGACGGAGCAGGCCGUCGUACAGACACUGCUUCAACUCGUCAAGGGCAACACGCUCAAGCUCGGGUACUUCAUCGUCCGCAACCGCGGCGCCGACGAAGACACGCUGAGCAUCGCGGACUGCCAGAUGAAGGAGAAGGAGAAGUUCGCGGAACCGCUGUGGGCGGAGCUGACCAAGCUUGGCCGCACCGGCGUGCAAGCCCUGCGAGCCGAACUCCAAGGCCUGCUGAUGGAGCUCGCGAGACGGGAGCUACCGAAGCAGAGGGCCGAAGUGGAGCAGCGGCUUUCGGACUGCCACAAGAAACGCGAGUCGAUGGGCCCCCCGAGAGACGGCCCGGCCAGCCAGCGCGAGUGCCUGGUCAAGCUUGCCGCCCGGUUUGAGCGCAUCGUUCGUGACGCGCUCGACGGUCGAUACGAUGGCAACCCGAUCUUCUCCGCCAAGCCCGAGCUGAAGCUCGCAACGAAAAUCAUGAACCUGAACGAAGGUUUCACCGACCUGGUGUGGAAGAAGGGCCACACCUGGGAGUUCAUGACGGAGUCCCGCAAGGAUGGCGUCGACACUCUGCUGGAGUACGAGAAAACGUCAGACGCUGUUCUCGCCUCCACCGCAUCGAUCCCCGAGCUUCAGCAGGUUAUUUGCGACAAUACGCCCUGCACUGCGCCUCUGAACGAGGCCAUCAUGGACCAGAUCGAAAAGUAUUACAAGGAAAGCCGGGGGCCUGAACUGGGAACGUUCGGCGGCGCUCUGCUGGCCUUGACUUUCCGGGCGCAGACAUCCAAAUGGCGGGCCAUCGUCAUGACUCACGUCGAGACCGUGAUUGUGGUUGCGCACCACUUCAUCAAGACGGUGCUGCUCGAGACGAUCGCGGACGAGCGGAUACGAGAAGAGUUGUGGGGUUUGGUUCUCCUCGAGAGGCUCCAAGCUGCGUAUUCUCGGGCCAAGGUACACGCCCAGUUCCUCCUCGACAUCGAGGUUCAUGGCCGGCCCAGGACGUACAACCAUUAUUUCAGCGACAACGUUCUGAAGUCCAAGGCCGAGCGGUUGACGCAAGCCUUCAUCGGCAAAUCGGAUGACCGCGGCUCGGAUUAUUUCGGGAUUUACAAGUCCACAAUCGGCCAAAUGGUGGCGGACAAGAGCAAUUCCGAUCAAACCAAGGAGGACGUCCACGACAUCUUGGAGAGCUAUUACAAGGUCUCGCGCAAGCGAUUUGUCGACGUCAUCUGCCAGCAAGCCAUUGACCACUUUCUGCUCGAUGGCAACGGCAGCCCCCUGAAGGUGUUGAACCCGGAGCUCGUUUCGAACAUGAGCGACACCCAGCUAGACAUGAUUGCCGGCGAGGAUGGCAACACGAAGCGGGAGCGGGAGCGCCUCAACCUCGAGAUCCAGGGCCUGGAGGCUGCGAUGCAGGUUAUGAAAGGUUGA